GCCAUUUUCUCCAUUAUGGCCUUGUGAGGCAAAAAGCCAUCAGAGUAAAAGACUUAGUUAUACCGGCAGAAAACCCAUGGGACGACUCGGUUGAGCCAUUGUCGUAUAUGGCCACCAUGAAGCGACCCCAGCGAACCAAAGCAAGCGAAACCAACUUGGAAUAAGCAAUAAGACCAGCGUCUUUCGUUGACAGCGGUAUGGCGACGCGGAUCGAGGACCCGGCCUUUACACUCGCCUCGACACCAAAGCUCGUCGAUACGAAGGGCCCAGCGACCCGCGGCAGAGGCCGGUCCCGAAAGACAGCGGCAUCAGGUGCUAUAGCUUCAACUAUACCCACCGCAAACCCAGCGAGAACAUCCGCCAAAAGACAGAAAGAUCCCAAUCCCUGCUGUCCUCCUGCUCCUCCAUCAUCAUCCUCGACAUCAUCCACCCCUUCUUCGUGCGCGGGACGAGAUGACAAGAAAGCCCACCUCCGCCAGCGAAACCGAGAAGCAGCCCGCAAGUGCCGCGUCCGCAAACAGCGCGGCAUCGAGGACCUCCAGUCCAACGAAGCCGCCGUAACCGCCGUCCACCAGGCCCUCGCCGCCGAAGCCACCAUGCUCCGCAGCGAGGUCCUCAUGCUCAAGAACAUGGUCCUGCAGCACGGCGGAUGCGGGUGCCCCUAUAUCCAGGCCUAUAUCGAGGGUGCCGCCUCCAGGCUGCUCACGAGGCCUUCGACCUCCUCGUCCUCCGAUUCCCCCGUCUCCCCCCGUUACUCCUUUCCCCACGAUACCGAGGCCGACCACGCCUACUCAGUAAGGAAUUCGACCAGCACCACUAGCGACCCUCCACGAAUGGGAAGCGAGGGCGGGGAGCUGGCGGGGGUGGACUUGCUGAAGGCCUGACUUGCAGUAUGCGUCCUGGUGCUGUGUUCUGAUAAGGGGCAAAAAAAAAAGGAAAACCCGAAAAAAGUCAAGACGGCUCGCGAAGACCCAUGACACUUUGCUUCUCGAGUUGCUGACCGCGACGGCUUCAAACCCCAAAGUAGGAGGGACAAGUAAAAAGGCCCAGCUGAAGCGCAUCAAUGUGCGCUGGAGAUCGCUCGUUUAUAAAUCG